CACACACACACACACACACACACACAUAUAUAUAUUGAAAACUCAUACGUCGCAUAUACGCUGUAGUUUACGUACGUCAUGCGAGACUAAUCUUCGAAACCUCCAAAGUUUAAAAAUAGUUCCUAAUAGUAGAUUAGAAACUAUUUUAGUUGGCUACAACACAUCACAAACAGUGCGAAGUUAUCACUCUUUAUAUCUCGGAUACAAUGCUGAUUCAACUCGGCAAAACACCACAGCUUCCCGCAAGUGUACUAAGGGGUACAUCUAUCAUUCGAAAAGGCCCUCAAAUAGACCCUUUUCGAUCGUAUCUUUCGGUUCUGCACAUACAUCCUAUUCGUACUACAUAUGCACGUCGGGCAGAGGGGUAUGGGAACUUGACAACGCGUGUACAGAACUUCAAGUAUAGCGGAGCUCACAUAUACUCCAAUCGCAUACAACUACACACAACUGCUGGCCAGAAUAAACAAAUGGGAAUACAUGAUGAUGUACAUAAAUGUAGAUACAACAACUCGUAUGGAUAUUUCUACCUGCAACCAUAUUUAUUCAGAGGUAGUGGACGGUCAUUCAGUACGAUUGAAGGCAACAGACAAGCCCAGAAGGGAGUUGCGGAACAGGGAGAACCACACACAGGAUCGAUAAGCGAAGCCUAUCUGCAGUCAGUUGAGAGCGCACAGGUGCAGUCGCCGCCACACAGCAGCACAGGUACAGACACAUAUGAAACAUCGCACAUAACGUUAAACAUAGAUAAGGAGAAGGAUGCCGAUAGAGUAAAACCUGUUCCUAACUCCGAUACGGAGCCAGGUGGCGGUAGAAAUAAUAAAACAAAUAGCGAGGACGGUACCAACACAGACACACACGGCGUAAACGAUACGAACAUAGACACUGCAACAUCACAACAACACACACCCAUAUAUUCAGACGCAGGUGAUGACCCAGAUUCAUUCGAACCGAUGCCGCGGGACAAGGCCAACUACGAACUCGACCGCAUCGCCAAAGUAGGUGGAGUGGUGAAUGUGUGCCUUAUGCUUAUCAAGGGAGGUGCUGGGGUAGUUGUGGGCUCAGCCGGGUUGCUUGCCAGUGCAGCGGAUAGUUGUAGUGAUCUGGUAGGUGAUGCAGUGCUACUAUGGGCUCUAGAGGCCGCCAAAAAGCCCCCAAGUAUCGAACAUCCCUGGGGCCACGGCCGCCUGGAAACGGUUGCUAGUUUGGGGACGGGUACGCUUAUGCUGGGUGCCGGGUUGAGUGUGGGGUGGCAUAGCGGGAUAGGGUUGUACGAUAACUUUAUGGCGUCCUACGGCGAGACUAUUAGCGAGCACUCUCACAUGCUCAACAGUGACUGGUUGCCUCUGGGGAUAGGGGUGGCCCUGGUGAGUAUCCUGAGUAAAGAGUGGCUGUACCGGACUACACUCAAGACCGCUCACAGUGUGGGGGGUUCCCGCGUGCUCGAGGCACACGCACACCACCACCGCAGCGAUGCACUGUCGGCUGUGGCAGCCUUGUUUGGCUUAGUUGGGGGUAUGUACGGUAUGGGUUGGGCCGACGGGGUCGCUGGACUAUUAGUGAGCUGGCUAAUCGCCAAGCAGGGUGGUAAGAUCUGCUACGAGUCGUUGUCCGAGCUGGCGGAUGCGGGGCUGGACGAGGGUGAGUUAAAGGAAAUGCUAGUAAGCGCACGCAGUAUCCAGGGGGUGGAGGAUAUCAUACACGAACGGGCUCGUAGACUGGGUCCUUUUGUGGAGUUCCAUGCCACUAUACUGGUAGAUCCCUGGCAGAGUAUUAGCGGCGCGAGGGAUCUGGCGGAAGAGUGUCGGCGUAUAGUCAUGCGUCAGAACACGCGAGUUAAGUUCUGCCUCAUCACAACCCGGCCAAAGCGCUUUGCGUUCGAACCCUGCAAGCACACGGGCGAGGGUACCCGGGAGUUGAAGGAUAUGGGCAUGGAUGAAGGUAUCGAGCCCGGCAUGCAGGACUUGGGGCUUUGGGGAGACGAUCACAACCAUUGCAUGGACGAAGGUCAGUCUCAUUUUAGCAGGCGUGUGAUGACCGAGAAGUUGCUGCGAAAGACGGCGAGUAGCUUCCCCGGGAUCACGAGUGUGAAUCGCAUUACCCUGCACCGGUUGCACGAGGAUUACAAGCAUAUCAUGACGGGGUAUGUGGUGAAUAUAACGAUUGACUUGGCCGACAGUGAUUUGAUGCGGUGCAGACAGAUUGCUUUGAAAUUACAGAAACAGCUGGAAAAGAUCGAGUUGCCCGACGGGAGUAGGCCGGUCAAGGAGUGUGAUGUGCACAUGGACCUGACUAACAUCCCGUCUGAGAGCCUGUAAUAGUUCAUAUAUAG